UAUACCGGAAUAUACCGUAUCGUUUUCAAAAUAUACCGAUAAAAUAAAAGCAUUUUUAUCACAAAUUAAAAAAAUGAUUACAAAUCACAUUGUACGUUGCAAGCAAAUCCUUGAGUAAUCGCGUAAUCAGGAAAAGCGGAUUUAGCGUUUCAGAACACACACAACAUACCGUGCACUGCGGCUGCAAAAUGCGACUCAUUAAAAUAAUAUUGCACGCCUUGCAAUGGAAUCGACUGCAUUUUUGGUUCUGCAAAGCCAUGUCUUAGUAUCGGGUUGAGACUUUCACUCUUGUCUAUACUUUUAGUUAAAUUCCUUACUUAUUUUGAUUCACUAAUACCGAAAAAUUGAUUAAAUUUACCAUUACAUACUGAUAGAUUAAAUUUCGACGUCAAAAUAUUCCAAAAAGUAAAAAAUAUACCGUAAACGGUCACACAUUAUGGGCUAUCAAAUGGAUUUUUCAAACAAAUUAGAGGUGGAGACACAUCGAUAGAAACAUCGAUAUUCUGUGGCGACUAUCGAAGAAGAAUUUCGGAAAGUAAACCAGGAUGGAGUCAUGCCUGAAAGGAAAUUCCCAUACUUCAGAAUCUAUAAUGGCCAAAUAUGCUGAUGAAAGACCUCCAGAAAAACCUAGGUACACAGGCAGUACUACUGCCUUGCGACCAGUUAUGCUAUUCUUAGCAGCUACAGCAGUAGCUACUUCCGUAUUAGUCGCCCUUCCGCCACAAGUCAAAAACUUUAUCUUAAGUCGACAGAAUACUUCAGAGAGUAUCUCGAAAGAUUUGCAAUCCUACCCGCCUACAUAUGCAAUUUUCGGCAAGAGUCGUACAGAAGAGCACUUGGUACAUGUAGUGAAUGUUCUUCAUAAGUUUGGAUACGAAAGAGUUCAAGUGAACGAAAGCUGGAAUCUCUUGUGGGCCCACGAUUAUCCAUUCCUUUCCCUUCCUAACUUAAAGAACCUUGGCCAGCAUCAAAUAGUCAAUCAUAUUCCGGGCUGCGGGUACUUAACAAACAAGGUAGAUUUGUGUACAUCUUCUCUGCCAUUUCUUCCCCGUGCAUUUAGACUUCCAGCACAGAGAGACGACUUUUUGGCAUACGCGCAUGCACACCCAGAUGUACUUUUUGUGGAGAAACACAAUGAGCAUAGACAUAUCAAAGUUCGCAAACCAAGUGAUAUCGAUCUCUGGUCAAAUGAUUCGUUCGUUCAGGAGUUCAUACAAAAACCAUUCUUGGUGGACGGCCAUAAGUUUGACAUAGGCGUUUACGUGGCGAUAACUGAAAUGAACCCCCUUCGUGCGUACAUCUACACAGGCGACGUUCUUUUUCGCUACUGUCCUGUCAAGUAUUAUCCGUUCGACAGCGAAAACGUAGACAAGUACAUAGUUGGCGACGAUUAUUUACCCACUUGGGAAGUUCCUUCAUUACGGAAGUAUUCCAAUCAUUUUGGGGGUAGCAUGCGGACUGUUUUUGAGGCAUAUGUACGAGAUCAGGCCAUGGACCCUACAAAAAUAUGGCCUCAAGUAGAACAUAUCAUCCGCACAACAAUUUUGGCAAAGGAAAAAGAUAUUGUCAAUAUUCUUCACUCUUACAGACAGCAUAAUUUCUUCGACUUAAUGAGAUUCGAUCUUUUUAUCGACGAGAAUCUGAAAGUUUAUCUAAUGGAGGCAAAUAUGUCACCAAAUCUUUCAUCAGCUCAUUUCAAGCCGAAUUCGCUUUUGUAUGAGCAAGUGCUAUAUAGUGUAUUUAACUUAGUAGGAAUUCGCCAACUACAUGGAACAGGUGCCCCCAUGUUUUCUGAAAUCAGUGAGGUUCUAGCAUCUGAUAAAAAUUUGGCAACUGCUUUAAACUCAUGCUCUUCAAAUUGUGAUAAAAACUGCAACAAGGAAGAGUGUAGUCUUUGUAUUCCUUGCCUCAGUGGAUCGCAAUACAAGAUGCUUCACCAAGCGUACCAGGAGCAUUUGCAUCGGAUUGAUAUGAAGCGGAUUUUCCCAAAGCCCAUUCUAAAUUUGCAGAGUUUCAAUAUAAUUGAAGAAACAUCUAAUAUGUCGAAGAAAAAUGCGUGGAUGACCCGUUGGUUCUAUAACAAAUGUCAAUAUGAACGAGCAUGGUGUGUCUAAAUUUAAAAUGAUUACUGAUUAAUUUUCACAUUUACAUACAAUUAGACCAAUCAGAUUUACCGCUAGUAAAAAUUAAUUUAGAUUUUAUAUUUUUACAAUUUAAAUUUGUGUAUAUUUAAAAUGAUUACUGAUUUAUUUUCACAUUUACACAGACCAACCAGAUUAAACGCUAAGAAAAAAUUAGUUUAGAUUUCAUAUUUGUACACCCCUUGCAAAAAGUAUUAUGAUUUGACCAGAUGCUUAAAACGAACCGAGUGAGGCAACUCCGACACCAUAUCAUAUAAAAUUUAUAUUCCUGUAUGUACAUAUAUAAGAUUUUAAGAUUUCUUGUAUUAAAACAAAAUUUAAGCUUACUUUGGGAAUUUUCUGAAACAAACAAUUUCUUUGUACCACGAAUUGUUUGAUUAUUUUUUAAAAACUGCUAUAACCUAAAAUAAAAUAAACAUAUGUAUGUAUGAGUCAUUUUGUAUAUGUUGCAGCCAAAAAUAUAGAUUUUUUAGCUGUACAGGGUAAUACUCUGUGUAAUUUUGGGUUGACCUGUCAUUAUUUUCAAAUGAAUAUUAAGAACAGAGAUAUUAAAUUUUUAUGUGUAAGAACUGUUUAAUUAAAAACUCUUAAAAACAUA